GCCCGCAUCUAAGGGGCCCAUUUGGGUGCCCCUAAACUCACCUUCUCUUGACGAAAAUUAAAAAAACGUAUCAUCCUCUUGUCGCAGCAGCCGCUGUGUAGAUAGAGCGUUUCAGAGAAGUGAAAUACUCGAAGUAGCGGCUAUACUGCCAAUGGAGUGUUUGAGCUCAUCGCGUGACAACUCUGGUAACACAACACUUGCCUUAGUACUGUAUUGUUAAAUUUCACGCGUGAGGUAUUCUAGUACUGGGACUAACACAGUACCUUAGUCCCUCACAAGCCAUGGCGGAACCCAUAAGGAACUAUGACUUCAUGUUCAAGAUCCUUCUCAUCGGAGACACGAAUACUGGCAAGACGAAGAUACUCUGCAAAUAUGCAGGAGAAGACAAGAUUAACGGGAACCCAUCGGGAAAACAAACAAUCGGUAUAGACUUCAUGCUCAAAACAAUUACCAUAAAGGACAAGCGGAUAAAGCUUCAGAUUUGGGAUACCGCAGGUCAAGAGCGUUUUCGCACCAUCACGACAGCCUACUACCGUGGUGCCAUGGGAAUUUUAUUAGUUUACGACAUCACUCAAGCGAAGACAUUCAAUAGCUUACCAUCUUGGCUUUCAAGCAUUAGAGAGUACGCGCCGGCAAACGUCGUUAUCUCACUUGUUGGUAACAAGUGCCAUAAGCAAAGCAAGCGGGAGGUCCCAGUGGAGCUAGGAGAACAGUUCGCAGCUGAGCACGAGAUGAGGUUUAGAGAGGUCAGCUGUGAAAUGGAUAUCAACGUGGAAGAAGUAUUCCAAAUACUGGCGGAGGACAUACUUUCACAAAGGGAGCCCACGGAAAAACAGCUCAUGCAACAGACAGUUAUCACACCGACCAAUGAGAACGCACGGCUUGACAAGAAGGGAUGUUGCUGACAUGGGCUACACGGAUCCCGUGGAUUCCAUUCUCGAGGAUCCGUUACCUUUGGCGAACCGUCUUGAAGAACAGGGCCUCGGGGGGCACAGCCACGCCCCUACGUGUCAUUUCCUUAUAAUUUUUGAAAACAUUGGGGGCACUGGGGGUACAUGCCCCCAGUGCCCCACCCCCUUCUACGGCCCAGAAUAAUUGGACGCUGGCAUUCUAAAUUCGUUGGGGACCUAUCUCUGAAAAUAAAGUCGAGUAAUGGCUAAACAGACCGU